CGUUGGUCAACUUGUUUGCGUGAGAUGCAUGCAUGCAUGCGGGUCCGCAGAAUCUCGUGAUGAUGGGCAACUUCCCGGACUGCAGCGUCAAAUUGUGCGAUUUCGAAAUAUCCCGAGUUAUUCUCGAAGGCACCGACGUCAGGGAGAUCCUCGGCACCCCUGAAUACGUAGCUCCCGAGAUUCUUCACUACGAGCCCAUCACUCUGGCUGCUGAUAUGUGGUCGCUGGGCGUAACAACUUACGUGCUAUUGACAGGUUUCUCACCGUUUGGUGGCGAAACGGACCAGGAGACCCUUAAAAACAUUAUACACGGCCAAGUUGACUUCCCGGAGGAGCUGUUUGAGGACGUAUCCAUCCAGGCACGGGAUUUUGUCGCCAAGCUCCUCAUACUCGAGCCAAGUGACAGAAUGACGGCAAAGCAGUGCUUGCAGCACGAGUGGCUCAGGAGCGCACCGACCCAGGCCUCGUCGCAUCUGCGCAAAUACUUGUCAAAGUCGCGCGAUGUGCUGCUGGAGCGGGUCGUCAGCCGGGAACACCUGCGCCGAACCGCCCUCCUAGGCCAAACCUACAACACGGCCUGUAGCAACAACAACAACAACAACAACAACAACAAUAAUCUACAGCUUUUGCUGCAGGAUAAUCAGAACAACCAAAACAACAAUUGGACGGGGCUCAGCCAGAGCGAGGUGUGCCUGAGCCGUGGCAGACUGAACGGUAGCAAUGGGAGCCUCAGCGGUGGCAGCAGCGUUGGCGAAGACUGCUGGGGGGAUAUGAUCGGUUCUUCGAGGAUAAGCCUAGCCGAUUCGGUGUCGUCAAACAGAAGCAUCGGCAGCAGUCUGGGGACCAGCCAGAGCUGCCUGCUCAACAGGGAACAGACCGAGGGUCUGCUCAGCCAAGCCCAGGACCGCAGCUCUAUGAGGGCCAGCCUCGCUCAAAGCCUCAAUCGCGUGGGUCUACUGUCAAAAAUAAGGAGCCUCAACCAGGUGCAAUCAAAGUCGCACAUGUGUCUGCGUUCCCUGCUGAACGGCCCGGCAGAGCGCGAUAUCAAUCAGAAGCAGCAGCAGCAGCAGCAGCGAAUAAUGAUGGGUAGUUGCCACUUUGACGGGUCGCGGGAGAAAUUGUAUGGGCUAAAGUCGCUCUCAAAGUCACAGGGCAUGCUCGACAUUUAUCGCAGCCUCGAGAGCCUACAGAGGCAACGCCGCAGUCUAAUUAGGCAGAGAGAGCGCUCAAAGACUGAGGACGCACUCGUACCUUUUUUCCGGCACCUUCGUCACAGCGGUACAAGUAGUGCCUCCUCUCUUGUUGACUCGACUUUCUGGGCUCGAUCAAGCAACAACAACAACAACGACGACGACGCGGGCAAUGAUCAAGUCCAACAUCAGAACUCGAUUCAAUUAGAGGCAGCUGAAACAGCAUCGAUGCGGUUGUUGGUGGACAAGGGGACGGGCGUAAGUGGGACCGAAAUGGUUGUCGGCGGUAGCGAGGAAAAGGCGAGCGCAGAGAGUAACCUGGACUCGUUGCACUCCCUGGAAUCGGACACGUUGACGGACGACUCGGAAGUGACGGGGUUGUCACGCAGUCCCAGGAACAAACAGAGCUCAGUAGGUUCCGAGUGCUACGUUGACUCGGAAAACGAAGAGCCCAAAUUUAGUGUCGCUCAGCUCGUUUCAGCAUUCAGCCGUCACCAGAAAGUGGCCUCGUCCACAAGUCUCGAAGCCUUGAUGACCGAAGGCUCGACAGACUUCCCGAUCGGGCCCAAAGCUCUGCAGCUUUUCGUUAGCUCCGACAUCGAUGCCAGUAUCGUGGGUAGCGAGCGCACGACACUCGUGCGAAGAAAAACGAGCUAUAAGCCCCGCAAGGAUUGGGAGGAGUUGCGCAAGCAGAGUGAGAAAAAUGAGGCCUUGCUUGACAAGAAGGAUUUUUUCAACGAUUCGGGAAACGAGGACGAUGCCGAGUUCAACAACAACAACAACAACAACAACAACAACAACGUCGACGACCAAGACAACAAAGAUAAGGGAAAAUUUGCUUGUGACGGCAAAAAGAAGGAGCCAUUGGCUAAUAGUAGCAUCAACCUUGAGCGUGCCGUACUACGGCACAAGCCCGAAAGUCGCACCUCCAACGCGAUUAACAACAAUCUUGCCUCGAGGAUAUCGAUCUUCAGCUCGGAGACUCGACCUUCGCCAAGUUCGACUCAUCACAAGACCAAAUCCAGGCUUGCCGUCAAGGAGAAGCUUUGCACGGGCUCGUACGGCCGGGCACUGGACAAGUUCUCGAGCAAGUCGGGCACCGCGGACGGUAUCAAGCCGCUUCAAUUACCGAAAUCGAGGAGGACCACUGUUAAAUCUUAAGAUACCUACUCAUCAUUAAGAAAAUACUGUCAAUUGUUGAUUAAUUACUCGAUUUUUUAUUAUUAUUUAUCAGUAAGACUUUUUUACACGGGUUUGAUUACGUUAUCUGGGAAAAAUCUGUAUUCCUUAAAGUUUGCUUAAUAUAAUCAUAAAGCAAGUCUAUGGAAUAAAGAGAGACUCGCAAGUCCUUGAAUGAGAUCAUCUCCCAUAACAGGAACGUAUUAUUAUAUAGAAUGUUUAGAAAAAUUGAACAGCGCCCACGCAGAGGUGCGUUUAAACGAACUUGCUCCUCUGACGAUAUAAUUAAUAAUACCAUUGUCAGCAACGAGGAAGAAAACACUUGGUCACGCGCAUGCAUUUUUUUUUUCGUGAUUUUUCCGGCUGUUUACAUUUUUUCUUUUCUUAUAAUUUUCAUAAAUGAAAUAGUUUAUUUAUUAUUUCUGUGGUAUAAUGCUGCUAAAAUUUAUUACCAAGUCCACGCAAUUAAUGAUAUUUAAGAAGGUUUAAUUUUCGGGGAUUGCGAUGUCGUAUACAUGUACGUAUGCAUGAAUCAGCAUCCCCAAAGACUCCAAACUUUAACACAAGUGCAGGAUCGUCUUAAUUGUGCGUGUAGGUAUGCUUUUGCCAUCUAUGCGGUUACUUAUCAAGUCCCAAAAGACAUAUGACACAAUCUCUUCUUCGUUUUUUUACCUCUUUCUAGGAAAUGAUAUAAAUUUUAAUUAACCAUUGACGCAUGAGUUUCUAUCCUUGAUUAGUUCAUUUCAAAAUAGUAUAAAAAAAUUUGGCGGUUUCUUUGUGUCAAGUAUUUAUUUGUAGGGGUAGUACUGCACUGUUAUCAGACUUUUCACAUAAGCAACUCUAUUAGAUUAUUUCAUUAUUGUAGACGUUAUUAAGUAUAUGUCAUUGUCAUGUACUCUGAAUAAAUUAAUUGGUGCAGCAAUAGCAUUGGGACUAAAUAUAAAAAUUAAAACACAAGCGAGUGACAUAGGAAUUGAUGGACGGAAUGACUUGCAUCAUGCAAUGUGGUACACUCCAAAGAGUACCACUUGGAAAAGGCAAUGCGUAUAUGUAUGUAGCUCACCAGCGAUGAAUGAAGAAACAGUGUGAAUUUCUAUUUACUUUGCUCGAAUAAAGCAACAAGGAAAAAGUCUCGUUUGCAGCGGUGCCCUAAAUGGCUGUCCAAGGAUUCGCAGAUUAACUCAUAGACUUACACGUAUACUCACAUAAUUAUUUCGUCCAACUGAAAGCUGGUUUUCGCUUUGACUACCUGUAGUUAGGUUUAUACAAUCAGUAAGAUACGGUAAAGUAAUAGUAAAUUUACAAAUUAUUCACGUACUGUAAAAAACAUCUGAACACCAAAUGAUUUGUAUGUUUGUGAUGGUUUAAUUGAUUUUGUACGGAACUAACAUGAAGAGAUAAAAAACAAGAAAUUAAAAAAAAAAAAAAAACAAAUGAA